AUGACCGUCACCUACACCCUCGAGGUCAGCAAGGCAAAAUUCUGGGGCUUUCCCAAGCUGCUGGCCAGAUGGAAGGGCUCUAUUUAUCGCUUGAUUUACCGUGAAAUGCUAGUCUUCCUUAUUGCCUACUACACCAUACUUCUAGUAUAUCGAUAUUUGCUAGAUGUUGAGCAGAAGAGAACGUUUGAAGCAAUAGCCUUGUAUAGUCGAGAAUUCUGCUCAGAAGUGAUGGUCACGUUUGUGCUCGGGUUCUAUGUGACGCUUGUGAUGGGGAGGUGGUGGCAACAGUACAUGAAUAUCCCUUGGCCGGACAGAAUCUCAAUGCAAAUCGCCGCCUACGUCAACGGUACUGACGAGCGAAGUCGCAUGAUUCGAAGAGCCAUGGCUAGAUACCUCAAUUUAUUGACGCUUUUUACGUUUCAGAAUACCUCAACUGUCAUCAAGAAGCGUUUCCCAACAAUGGAACAUCUUGUCGCUGCGGGGUUGAUGACUGAGGAAGAGAAAGCUGAGCUUGAUAAUACUGCAACGCCGCAUGGAGUUUGGUGGCUUCCCGCCCACUGGUUCGUCCAAUUGGCGGUCCUGGCCCGAAGGGAAUGCAGAAUUCAUGACGAUUUUCAUCUAAAGACACUAAUAGACGACGUGAUGGAGUUCCGAGGGAUGUGUGGUAUGAUUUGGUCUUACGAUUGGAUAUCAGUACCACUCGUUUACACCCAGGUCGUUACCAUCGCCGUGUACAGUUUCUUUGCAGCAUCGUUAUUUGGUCGUCAGUAUUUGUAUAACAGCGAGGCGCCGAAUUCCUUCCCUAUCGUGGAUUACUACGUUCCGUUGUUCACUAUUUUCCAAUUUUUCUUCUUCGUCGGGUGGCUGAAGGUGGCCGAGUCGAUGAUAUGCCCAUUCGGGGAGGAUGACGAUGAUUUUGAUCUGAACUGGAUCAUCGACCGUAACAUCCAAAUUGCCUACCAAAUUGUUGAUCAGCUGCAUGGAAGGACACCAAAGCUUUCCAAGGACCCUCUCUGGGAUGAGGCCGAACCGACACUACCGUAUACUGAAGCCUCAGCUGCCUUCAAGACAGAACCUCACGUUGGCUCGACGACUGCUAUGAACAUCCCUGAGAAAGCUGCCCAAUGGGAAGCCACCGAUGUAAUGCCAGCCAUAUGUGAAGAGGAUGGCGCAAAUUAUUACAUUCGAAAGAACAAAGACCUUGACGAUGAUGAUGAUGGAGAUAGUGAUACUGCGAGUCAGCCUAGUCGAUUGAGAAGAAGCCGUCAACGCCUCCCCGGCCUGAUGCCCGGAUACAGCCGCCAAAACCUGGCCAGCCGCGUCGGCAGCAAGUUUGGCAGCCUGAAUUCUGUCUUCGGGGUUAAACCACCCUCGUCUCCGCCUAUUCCAAGCGUUCGCAAGAUGUCGAUCAGUAGGGCCCGGAAUAUGGACAGCAAUAUGUCGGAUGACUUCUCGAUCUUUAAGUUCUCCGACACGCUGAUCCGGGACAGUCAGCUCAAUAUCGAGUCGUUCAACACGUGUAAUGUGCUUGAUGGUGAUGCUGAAGCGGUGAUGGCCAAUGCUCCUCCUGUACUUCAAAUGCUUCCGACUCCUUCCGAGAAGGUCUACAACGCCACGGCUCUACAAAACGUGCCGGAGCACGGCGUUCUCGAUCUCACGGAACCGGAAAUGCCCCGGAAAAUGUCGAUUCAAGGAGUUCAAGGAGUUCAGGGAAUCCAAGGGCCUGCUACAACAUUUGACGACCACAAUUCUGCCUCUGAAAUUAGUGACUCGAACAGCCAGACGCUGCUCUGCAAGAAAAGCGAUGAUGAA